AUGGUCUAUCUAUCGGACGGAAAUGGACGGGAUGGUUUCAUCUUUCUAGGUCCUCAUGAGAGAUAUGGAGCCUAUGGCAAAAUUGUUCGUCAAAUUCAUGGUGAUCAACAACAAAUACGACAUAAUGAAAUGUGGGAUAGACUCGAUAAGAAGGUCAAGGAUUCUUCGAGUUUAAGGGAAACUCACUAUCGUUUGGCACCAAGUACCAGUAAGGUGCAUGGAGCUCCUUCCGAAGUUGCCGACCACAAGUAUUUGACAACAAACUCAUCCACUAACAGAGUACUCAACACAGCAUCAUCCCAAUUACCUAAAAGGAGAACAGUCUCAGAUGUUCCUCGGAAAAUUCCAAACUAUCAAGGUCACAUCCCUGGAACGCACGACGUUAUUGGUGCCAGUCCUUUCUCGAGCAAAUUCGAAGAAAAACUACUGAACUCGUUCGAGUUUCAUGCAAACACCCUAGGUGGAGGAUUGAAUGGGUCUCUCUCUUUACCUUCCUUAAAUAACAACAAGCGAUCUUUGAAUGUGUCGGAAACAUCAUUCACAAACCUUCCAGACAACGAGCCGACCCAUACCUUCAUCUCAAGACAACCACAACAUUCCAAACAAGAAACAUCGUUUAGAGUUGCUCCCUCCACGAAAAGUUUUUCAAAAUUCGUAUCACCCAUGAGGACACGAAAAGAGAAUCACCAUCAUGCUGCUUCGUAUUCGGGACAUGUGCCGUCAUCCACACGUGCCAACCAAAUUUUCAAUGCCUCUCAAAAGCAUUAA